UGCGGGCCCACUGAGCUUGCUGUAUCCUUUCCUUGUCUCUCUUUCUGCACAUCCUGCUGCCCCCCGUCGACGCUCUCUGCGUCGUCAACUAGCAGCCAUGCCUAUGGCAUACUCGCUGGCGUCGGAUUUGUCUCCGACGACCGUCGCGAACACCUCCUCCCUGUUGCGAAUCGUGGCACUCGCGCUCAUCUCUGCUGCGGGUAUUGCGUCACGUUUGUUCGCUGUCGUCAAUUUUGAGAGUGUCAUACACGAAUUUGACCCGUGGUUUAACUACCGGGCAACUAAAGUCAUAGCAUCACAAGGAUUCUAUGAAUUCUGGAAUUGGUUUGACCCCACGGCAUGGUACCCGUUGGGCCGUGUUGUUGGAGGCACAAUCUAUCCCGGUCUUAUGGCAACUAGUGGCGUAAUAUACAACGUGCUUCAUGCGCUUAACCUUCCUGUGGACAUACGGAACAUUUGUGUGCUACUCGCACCAGGGUUUAGUGCACUUACCGCCUGGUCCACAUACAUGUUUACCAAGGAACUGAAGGACGAAAGUGCCGGCCUCCUUGCAGCUGCCUUCAUCGGUAUUGUUCCUGGCUAUAUUUCCCGAUCCGUCGCGGGAUCUUAUGACAAUGAGGCCAUUGCCAUCUUCCUCCUGAUGUUCACAUUCUUCCUCUGGAUCAAGGCGCUCAAGACUGGAAGUGCAUUUUUCGGCACCCUAGCCGCUCUGUUCUAUUUCUACAUGGUGGCGGCCUGGGGCGGAUAUGCAUUUAUUACGAACAUGAUCCCCCUCCAUGCAUUCGCCCUGAUCCUCAUGGGCCGCUUCAGCAGCCGCCUGUACGUAGCAUACUCCUCGUGGUACGCCAUCGGGACGCUCGCCAGCAUGCAAGUCCCAUUCGUGGGCUUCCAACCGGUACGCACUAGCGAACACAUGGCGGCCCUAGGUGUCUUUGGACUGCUGCAGAUCGUCGCUUUCGCUGAGCUGGUACGCAGCCAUGUGUCAUCAAAGCAGUUUCAAAGCCUGCUCUAUGCCUCCGUCGUUGCAAUGGGCAUACUCGGAGCCUUGGCGAUCAUCGGACUCACGUACAAGGGGUGGAUCGCGCCGUGGACGGGACGUUUCUACUCGUUGUGGGACACGGGUUAUGCUAAGAAGUACAUCCCGAUCAUCGCGUCUGUCUCGGAGCAUCAGCCCACCGCUUGGCCCUCGUUCUUCAUGGAUCUGCAGCUCCUAAUAUUCUUGUUCCCUGCAGGCGUUAUACUGUGCUUCCGUGAGCUGCGUGACGAACAUGUCUUCGUCAUCAUCUAUGCGGUUGUUGCCAGCUACUUUGCCGGCGUAAUGGUCCGGCUGAUGCUCACACUCACGCCCGUGGUCUGCGUCUCUGCCGCCGUUGCGUUCUCGUCAUUGCUAGAUACCUAUCUGGAUCCCACAGAGCCGGAUGCCGUGGAAGACGACGACGAUGGUGACAGCGUCAGCGGCAGCUCUACUGCCGUCUCAGCUGGCUCCGCCAGUGCUACGGCCUCCAGCAAGAAGGCGAAGAAGGCACCACCUGUACAUCGGAACGGUCCGCUUGACGGCCUGCUCUCCACUCUUACUGCAGUCGCCUCUCCAUCUAAGAAAGAUAACAAACCACACGGCAUCUUCGGUCUUGACACUCGCGGUGCUGUAAUCCUGAAUGCUAUCGGCAUGCUGCUCUUCUUCGUGCUUCACUGCACGUACGUGACGUCGACUGCAUAUUCUUCGCCAUCAGUCGUCUUGGCUACUACAAACCAGGAUGGUAGUCAACACAUUAUCGAUGAUUUCCGUGAGGCAUACUACUGGCUCAGGCAAAAUACACCAGAGACCGCGGUGGUCAUGAGCUGGUGGGAUUAUGGAUAUCAGAUUGCGGGUAUGGCUGAUCGGCCGACUUUGGUCGACAACAAUACAUGGAAUAACACGCACAUUGCCACCGUAGGGAAGGCAAUGUCGAGCAGCGAGGAAGUCGCCUAUCCGAUCCUGCGAAAGCAUGACGUCGACUAUGUCCUGGUCAUCUUCGGUGGCCUGCUUGGGUAUUCUGGAGACGACAUCAACAAAUUCUUGUGGAUGGUUCGCAUUGCCCAAGGCGUUUGGCCGGACGAAAUACAGGAGCCGAACUACUUUACGGCUAACGGGGAGUACAGGGUCGACGACCAAGCAUCACCAACGAUGAAGAACAGUCUGAUGUACAGGAUGUCUUACUACCGCUUUGCUGAACUGUUUGGCGGCAAUCAAGCUUUGGACCGCGUCCGUGGCCAGCAGAUGCCAAAGGUGGGGCCGACAUUAGACUAUUUAGAUGAGGCAUUCACCUCGGAAAACUGGAUUGUCCGGAUAUACCAAGUCAAGAAGGAUGAUAUCUUGGGACGCGACCUCAAAGCCGCUAACGCCUUUUCAGAGGGGAAGAAGAAGAAGAAGACAAAACCGCAGCCGAGGCGGAGAGCUAUUGCUUAGACAAGUUCUGUCUUGUUUCUAUUUUGCUGUGUCAAUCGUGCCACCAAUUUAUCCACUAUUGUCAGCAUGUAGUCCGCCGUCAGUGUUUUGGCAAUUCAUGGCCAUCUACGAGCUGCCGGCUCUUCUGUCCGUGACCUCAUUAUUUAUAUAUGCCGGGCGCGUGCCCAUAUGUCAGACAGCUUCCCUCCUUGAGCGUGGAGAACGCGCCUUCCCAUGCAAAUGACUUCUCCCGAGUACUUUGCCUGUCCGUCUUGCUACGUGCGUGGACAUUGAUGUGAACGUGCAGAAUUUGAGCGCGCUCUGCUCAAUGUUGUGGUCCUGUUUGCGUCGAGUAGCCUACGCCAUACUUGCAUGACCGUGUGCGUUGGACGUUUCACUCACUUCCGAGACACCGCGGUGC